AUGGCGCGCAUUAAACUGCACACAAGCUCUCCAAAAGUGGCCGAGGUUAUCAUCAAACGAUCGGUCACGACGAGAGGGACAAGGGGCCGACUGGUGUCUGUGCAUCGGGAGAGGUCUGAUACACCUCCUAGCACGCCCAGACGCGCGCCGCAGCCGUCCUCCAAAACGACCCAUCCCCCGAACCGUUCGGAGGAUGCACCACCCGUGAUUGACCUACUGUCAGUUGAUGCCCUUGAAUCACUUCAGAUACCGGCGCCGAAGACACAACCCGAAAUGCUUCGUGAAUGGCUACCAUAUCAGACCGAGUACCUGAGAAGCAUUUACGCCUCCUCGGUGCCGCCAACCACGACCGCCGACGGCUCAUACCAAUGCAUGGAGUGCCACGGCAGCGGAGGGCGUUGGAAGUGCACUGGUUGUCUUGGGUCACCGGUGUACUGCACAUCGUGCUGCCUCGACAGACACAGCCGAGACCCUUUCCAUCGUAUUGAGGUGUGGGACACGAAGGGCUGCUGGACGAGUUCUUGGCUGCGAGACGUUGGCGUUUGCGUCGAGCUGGGACAUCAUGGUGGGCGGUGUCCGGUACCAUCUGGGCGGCCGCCGGCGGAUAUCCACGACAUUCUUGACGAUGACGAUGAUGAUGAGGAGGUAGAUGACACAGAGGACACCUGGGAGGAUGAGGAGCGAAAUGGCGGGGCCGGCGACGAUCCCCUUCGUGCUGCUGACAGUCCGCCAAAGCCUCCUCAUGCCAUGAUGACAAUUGUAGACACGUCCGGCGUUCACUUCCUACCUGUCAGGUGGUGCGGGUGCCCUUCUCGGCAGGGGUGGAAAGCGCAGCUACUAGCAGCGGGUCUCUUCCCUGCAAGUCAGCGUGCACCGAAGUCGUGUUUCACGUUCCGCGUACUGGACGACUACUUGAUGACCAAUGUCGAGUGCAAUACAAACGCAAUGAACUAUUAUCGACGGCUGCGUCGAUUAACGAAUCCGGCGUUUCCACAUCUAGUGCCGGACCGAUAUCUCGAGUUCAUGCGUGUCACGCGUGAAUGGGCGCUCCUCCAAGCAAAAAAGACAUUUGGAUUUGGCCCGGAAGGUCGCGGCACACCCGGUGACGGUGACCUCGGCUACUUCUGUGUUGCAUGUCCACAGCCCGGGAUAAAUAUCGAUGGGCAGUGGCAAGAAGAUCCAAAGACAUACUUAUACGCUCGGAGCUAUGUCAUGGAUGGUAACUUCUCAGCGGAGCAAAUGAAAAUGCGACGACCUGCAAAUGACGUACCAAUGAUGCCGGGCAAGAUGUUUCUGGUAAACGACGGGCCGUACCAAGAGCAUCUCAAGGUGGCAAAGGAUAUCAAAAUGCGGUCCACAUGUAAUGACCACAAGGCAGUCUCACAAGCAAACGCCGAUCGACACAAGCUGGCGGUCACCGGUAUUGGUGCAACUGCCUGCUCGCGCCACGGGUGUUUCGUACCCCAUUCGGUUGUGAAUUUCCAGAAAGGCGAACGGCAAAUGAACAUGGACUACUCAUUGUCCAAUGCGAUGAAGUACAGGGCACACGAGAAACAGCCGGUGGUUGUGCUGUAUGACAUUAUGUGUCAAUACGGCGUUCACAUUCGGAAGCGAUUCACUGACAGCCCGCAUAUCUCAAUGCCACACGACCUGACGCUGUGGAAAGGAAUAGGCCUGUUCCAUGUUCAUGGUCACCAGGACACCUGCGAGGUCCGGUAUUCGCCCACAUUCAUGGCUGGUGCUGGAAAUGUUGACGGCGAGAUUCUGGAGACGAUGUGGGCGUCCCUGAAUCGUAUUUCAGGAACUACUCGAUCAAUGUCGUCAUCCAAUCGCCAGGAGACACUAGACCGGCACAUGAAUGACUGGAACUACAAGAAGAUGAUAACUAUGGUGGCCCUACUACGGAGGCGCAUACAGGCAAAUCGACCGCUGUUGCUGAAGAUGCGAGAAGCUUUGGAUGCCCAGGAAUCAGGAAUAAGCACUGAUGUACUUGUACAAUGGCGCCGGGUGCUUCGCGGGGCCCAGGAGCAGAGAUUGCAAGAUGUCCGGGCCAUGGACAUUUUCAUGAUUCCCGAGCAGACAGCUCCGUCGAAGGCCAGUCUGCAGCUAAGGCUGACCACUGCGGAAGGAAAUGAUGGCACUCCAAUUGGAACCGCAGAUUGGCUCGCGGACGGCCUUAAAAUUGAGGAAGCGCAGAUUUUCUUGCGGCAGGAUACCAUGCGGCAUGGAACAAAUGCGACGAGCGCUACCAGGAUUAAACUAGCAAAACGUCGUAAGGCCCUGGAAAAGAGCAUCGCCCGUUUCAAUUCCCGAGCCAACCGCAUUGCGCGCGCAUUCAACUGGGACGUUAUUCGGCAUGAGACACCGGAAGACGAAUGGGAGGACGUAGAUGCUGAUGAUGGGUCUUCGCGUGCAACACCAAUAGGCGACCGACCGAAUCCCCUUGCUGGUCGGAGGCUACGAGGACCAUUUGCACCUGAUGCGUCCGAGCACGUGGUCCUAAAUCUGCCCUCGAAUGCAUCUCCAGAGAUGAUGACAAAUGACCGAAGCCUGAGGCGGUUGGCCCGUCGCGAGCGAACUCUACGCCGGGGCCAAGCGAAUGAUGCUCUGCACCGACUGCGGGUAUUGCUCAGCGAAAAGUCCUUUCAUUUCCGCCACCGUAUCCGUCCAUCUCGUGGAUCACAGCAGCGAAAGACACGGGCCUAUGCCGGACUUGAGAAAAUCACAAGGGAGAUUCAACGGUAUGGCGCGGUGUAUCGCAGUGCAAGGUCAGCAUUGGUGCGGCUCAAUAUGAGCAGGGAAGCACGCAGGAUAUACAAACGUCUCAGACCCGCCGAUCUCAAGGUCAGCACCGCAAUUGCCGAACCAAAUGCACGCGGCCAACGGCAUGCCACCCUGCCGUGGAUCUGGACAGUCAAUGUUCAACAAGACAUGGAUGACGAUGAGCACAUGCUCUUCGUCCACCGGGUUCAUUGGUUCCGAGCUCGGUCACGGCUUGACCGGGCAAUGGAAGAGUCGGCGAUUCUCAAGCGCGAGUUGCAAUCAACAAAAUUGUACUUCGAUUACGAGCAGGAUCGUUGGCUUGCCAUGGCUACCACUGGUCCAGGCGAAGCAUGGCCUGGAUACGCUGAGCACUGUCGUCAAACUGCCAACACUUAUGCGUCACUUGCUGCAGACGCACAGUCGUCCUAUACAGAGCUCUAUGUUGAGCAGAACCCCCUGGAGUGA